CUCCCAAAGUGCUGGGAUUACAGGCUUGAGCCACCGCGCCCGGCCGAAGGUUUUAAAUUCUAAUAGUAACAUGUUGGAACGCCGUUUGGGUUACUUAAGACAAAAGGGAUGUGUCCGCCUUGCAGCGCUGGGCUCCAGUCAAGACGUGCAUUCUCGCACCCACCCUCAGCUGGGGGGCGUGGGAGGAGGCGGGGAACCGGGGAGGGGCGGGUGUCGCAGGAGGGAAGGAGCGAAUGAGCGAACCGUAGACCGUCGUCCUGAGAGAAAUGACAUCCGCAAAAUGGUGGACCGCUUCUCCCGCUUCUACGAGGACCGACACUUCCUGGUAAUCACUUUGGUCGAUAUAAGGACACUUGGAAAUUUAACAAGCAUCGCUCAACAAGCCUGGGACCGACACUAACACACGCGCUCCAGCCUCCUCCUGCCUCCCGGCCCAAAGAUGGCAGCUCUCAAAUUCCUCUCCUCCGGGCUUCAGCUCUGUGCCUCUGCCCAUGGAUCCGGGGGAGCCUGGUACAAGGGAUGUGUUUGCUCCUUUUCCACCAGCGCUCAUUGCCAUAACAUACUAAGUUUUAUACAGAUCCAGUGGAAGCUGUAAAAGACAUCGCUGAUGGUGUAACCGUUCUGGUUGGUGGUUUCCAGCUAUGUGGAAUUCCAGGGAACCUUACAGGUGCUUUACUAAAAACUGGAGUAAAAGGACUAACUGCAGUCAGUAACAAUGCAAGGGUUGACUACUUUGGUUUGGACCUUUUGCUUUCGUCCAAUCAGAUAAAACGUAUGGUUUCUUCAUAAGUGGGAGAAAAUGAGGAAUUUGAACGACAGUACUUAUCUGGUAAAUUAGAAGUGGAACUGACACCACAGGGCACACAUGCAGAGACGAUCCGUGCAGGUGGGGCUGGAGUUCCUGCAUUUUAUACCCCCACAGGAUAUGGGACCUUGGUAUAAGAAGGAGGAUCGCCCAUCAAUUACAACAAAGAUGGCAGUGUUGCCACUGCCAGUAAGCCAAGAGAGGUGAGGGAGCACUUUAUUUUGGAGGAAGCAAUUACAGGGGAUUUUGCUUUGGUGAAAGCUUGGAAGGCAGACCAAGCAGGAAACGUGAUUUUCAGGAAAAGUGCAAGGAAUUUCAACUUGCCAAUGUGGAAAGCUGCAGAAACCAUGGUGGUAGAGGUUGAAGAAAUUGUGGAUAUUGGAGCAUUGCUCCAGAAGACAUCCAUAUUCCACAGAUUUAUGUAUAUUGCCUUAUAAAGGGAGAAAAAUAUGAGAAAAGAAUUGAGCAUUUAUCAAUCCAGAAAGAGGGAGAUGGCGAAGCCAAAUCUGCUAAACCUGGAAAUGACGUAAGGGAACGAAUCAUCAAGAGGGCCGCUCUUGAGUUUGAGGAUGGCAUGUAUGCUAAUUUGGGCAUAGGAAUCUCUCUCCUGGCCAGCAACUUUAUCAGCCCAAAUAUGACUGUUCAUCUUCAAAGUGAAAAUGGAGUUCUGGGUUUGGGUCUAUAUCCAGGACAACAUGAAGCUGAUGCAGAUUUAAUCAAUGCGGGCUAGGAAACAGUUACUGUUCUUCUAGGAGCCUCUUUAUUCUCCAGCAAUGAAUCAUUUGCAAUGAUUAGAGGGGGACAUGUCGAUCUAAUAAUGCUAGGAGCCAUGCAGAUUUCCAAAUAUGGUGACCUAGCCAACUGGAUGAUACAUGGGAAGAUAGUGAAAGGAAUGGGAGGUGCUAUGGAUUUAGUGUCCAGUGCCAAAAGCAAAGUGGUGGUCACCAUGAAGCACUCUACAAAGGGAAAUGCACAUAAAAUCAUGGAGAAAUGUACAUUACCAUUGACUGGAAAGCAAUGUGUCAACCGGAUUAUUACUGAAAAGGCUAUGUCUGAUGUGGACAAGAAGAAAGGGCUGACUCUGAGCUCUGGGAAGACCUGACAGUGGAUGACAUACAGAAGGGUACCGGGUGUGAUUUUGCAGUUUCACCAAAAC